AUGGACUUCUCCACUGUGACUUUUCUAGUUGUUCUACUCGCUACUUUUGCUUUAGUUAAAUGGCUACUACAAGCUGAGUCGCACCCGUCAGCACAGCGGCCAGCAGCCUCGCCCGCUACCGGUUCCGCCACUGGAUCAAAUUCUAACCGGAGCAGAAACAUAACUACAGCGACAAGACGGUCCAGAAGACCAGUCACAGAUGACAUGAUUGAAGUAGUGCAGAACUUGGCACCUACCUUGCAUGUUGAGCAGAUCAGGUUCAGCCUUGAGCAGACAGGGUCCGUUGAAGAAACCGUGGAAAGGUUUCUCAGAGGCGACGAACUCGCCUUCCCUCCAGGUCACACAAAUCGCAAUCCAGAGUCUAGCCCUGUGGCUGCCGAACGAGGUCCAGCGUCGCGGGACAGUCCAGACAUCAGAAAGAAGAGCAACAUCAAGCCAGACAAUCUGCUAACCAAGUACGACAUUGAUUUGACCAUUGAGCCUAGCGGCGCCGACUACAACGAAUUGAGCAUUGAAGAACGGAAACGCCAUCUGGUACGACUUGCUAGGCAGAACAUGGAAAAACGCCUUGAGACGGAGCAAGAGCUCAGAGAGCUACUGAAAUGA